ACAAACGUUGAUUGGAGGGCAUGUAUCGAUGACGCAAGACAACGAGGUGUUCUUUAUGACGUCAGCUCAGCGAAACAUCUUUCCCAGAUUUUUGUGAAGAAUGAUACCCGUGAAACAGGUAAAGCGGUCGUUAUUGACCGCCUGCAUGAGACUUAGUACUGUAUCGCAUCUCGAUGAUAUAACUUCUUUAUCAGAGUUGGCACAGGUCCUUGAACUUCUUGAGAAGUGCUUAAUUUUAAAUUGAAAAAUCAAUUUCAAGGGCACUUGAAAAGCCCCUGAAAAUACAAAAUCUGAAAAGACCCUUGAAAAGUGCUUGAAAAUCGCACAAAUAUUAAUUAAAAAGUAAAAUGUACCUAGUCUUUCCUAAUCUGACAUUUUGAUAAUUUUAUCAUGCAAAUAUGCCAUACACGAUUCUUCGCUUGGCGAAUGUACUCGUAUAGAAGCGUGUAAAUAUGUCGCAUUUCAAAUUUAAUGGUAGCUAGUGGAAGUCAUAUCUGGACCUCUCUAAUCACGUGGUGUAUUCCUCGAAGAAUGGUACAAAUUUUCUGGUGGUAUUACCCAGUCUUUCAAAUGAUUAACUUGAAUAUUAUACAGUGAAAUAACCAAGACCCACGCUUAUUUAUCCAUCAACAAUCACCCUGGAUGUCCUGGUCGAAUAUAACCCAGAUUCCUGCUUCCAUUAACCAGACUAUUGUAGGAAGUAAGAGAAAAUAACCAGGAAUAUUAUUAACCCAAAUAGCCGGGUUAUUUCCAUGUUAGCCAGGAAAAUUAUAACCAUGAUGUUUUAAAACAAUUAAGAGUACAUAUGUUAGCUUCUGCGGAAAUUAGUUCCUGCACUACAUUCGUACUGGCAAACGGCCUUUUCUGUAGUUACACGACCAUAACGGACAGUUUUUGAAAAACACAAUAAUACAUUUGAUUUGAUAUUUAGAGCACCUUUCGAAAUCUGGAGCAUCAACUGCAACUCAGCAUAAAUUAUCCAGAAAGAACGUUUUGCCUUCACAUACAAGUGUAAAAAAUGUAUCUGUAGCUGAUACUUCGUCUUCAAGUGCGAGUGUGUCUAGCGAGAAGACAUUUACAACAGAUGUUUUGCCUUCACAUGCGAGUGUAAAAAAUGACAACGCAUCUGUAGCUGAUACUUCGUCUUCAAGUGCGAAUGUGUCCAGUGAGAAGACAUUUACAGCAGAUAUUUUGCCUUCAUAUGCCAGUGCACAAAGUGACUACGCAUCCACGGCAGAUAUCUUGCCUUCACAUGCGAGUGUAAAAAAUGACAACGCAUCUGCAGCAGGUAGGCCUACUUUGUCCUCAAGUGCGAAUAUGUCCAGUGAGAAGACAUGUACAGCAGAUAUUUUGCCUUCAUGUGCCAGUGCGCAAAGUGACAACGCAUCCACGGCAGAUAUUUUGCCUUCGCAUUGGAGUGUAUCAAAUAUUAACAAAUCUAAUGAACAACUUUCAAGUUCAGACGAGUUUGAUUUUGAUGACUUUGAACCGGAUAUCGGAAGUUCCCAUGGUAACGAUGAAAUUCCUUCAGAUGGACAACUUUGUAGCAAUAGUGCAGAUUGUAAUGCAAAUAAAUCUUUAAUAUCUGGUGAACUUGUUGAUCUGGUCGUUCAUUGUGGGGAGAGUAUUCAAGCUCAACUGAAUCCAUAUAUGCAGCAGCUAGUACAACACGAACGUGUGGAUAAACUUAACAGAAAUUAA